UGUCUGCUAAGCAGAGAAUAACUCCCCCCUCCCUCCGGUCCCAGCCUUCCUGGGCGGGGCCCCCCGGCCCCAUAGAGCCGGCCCUGCUCGGGGGCGCUGCCCUCUGGCUGCAGAUCGGUGCUCGCCGCUCGCUGGACUCCCUCGCCCCGCAGCAUGGACCCGGCUCGCCGCCUGCUGCCCCUCGGGCUCUGCAUCGCCCUGUGCCUGGGGGGCACCGUGGCCCAGAAUAACGGCACACAAGGUACCACUGAGGACUGUAACAACCAUGUGCUGUGCCCAGCAAACGCCAAGUGUGUGAACAACACCCACUGCACCUGCCUGGAUGGAUACCAGUCACAUGGGAAUCGCUUCUUCACUGACACAACGGAGAUCUGUGACGAUAUUAACGAGUGUCUGGGGCCGAGCCCGCCAGACUGUGGACGCAACGCAAACUGCGCCAACGUGGCUGGGAGUUACUACUGCACCUGCAGCGAUGGCUACGAGCUCAGCUCUGGGAAAGCCAAGUUCAUAAACGCGAGUGAGAACACCUGCAAAGACAUUGACGAGUGCCAGCAAAACGCCACAAUCUGUGAGCCCCACGGGAACUGCAUCAACAUGCCAGGGACUUACAUGUGUAAAUGCAGUUGGGGAUUUGGAAAGAGUCAAAAGGAUCCAUCUAAGAUCUGCACAGACGUCGACGAGUGCAACAAGACCCGAGAUAUCUGCGGCCCCAACGCCACAUGUGUCAACACCUAUGGAAGCUACUGGUGUGAGUGCCGGGCCGGAUACGUCCCCUCUGACAGGAACAGGACCCUGUGCCAAGAGCUCACCUGCCCCCGGCUGCUGGAUGAUGACAACUCUGCCGAAGCCAAGAACCUCCACGGCAGCUUCCAGGCACAGGUGGGACGUCUCUGCAAGGCGGCGCUGGAGGAGCUGAAGCAGAUGGAGGCUCAAAGCGCUGAGUCUGUGAAGGGGCAGCUGCAGGGCUUCUUGGACAUUCUGGAGAAGCAGAUAAAUCUGGUCAGGCAGCAGAACGAGAGCGUGGAGUGGAGACACCAGAUCGCGACGGAGCUGAUGGCCAUAGUGGAGAAGCUGCUGAGGACACUGGCCCUGAUGCUGCCUGACAGCACGAUCAGCAUCGCAUCCCCCAACGGCACAGAGCUGGGGCUGGCGGUCAGGCAGGCUGGGAACCAGAGCCAGGAGACCGUGACACUGCAGCAGAGCAAGACGCAGAUGGAAUUAAAGUGGGCCGGAGCCCCAGGGCAGAAAAAUGAAGGCUUCACGCUGGCCGGGCUGCUGACAUACCAGGGGAUGAGCCCCAUCCUGGAGGGUGCUGGGCGGGUGGAGGCACCCGAGUGGAACGAGAUUGGCCAGACCAGGAAGCAGGUACAGGAGCCCGGGCGGCCCAGCUACCGUGUGCUGUCUCCAGUGGUGUCGGCCUUCAUCAGUGACCCGAACCCCCAGGCACUCGGCCUCUCCGUCAGCAUCCACUUCAACCACCCGGUGCCGGAGAACAAGACCGACCUGCACCUCCUCUGCGCCUACUGGGAGCCUGACAGCAGGCGCUGGGCCACGCACGGCUGCACCCUGCAGAAGUUGAACGCCACCAUCACCCGCUGCCAGUGCAACCACCUGACCAGCUUCGCCGUGCUCAUGGCCUUCUACGAGCUGGAGGACUGGACCCUGGACGUCAUCACCAAGGUGGGGCUGGUGAUCUCGCUGCUGUGCCUGCUGCUGUCCAUCGUCACCUUCCUCUUCUGCCGCGCACUCAAGGGCCCCCGCACCACCAUCCACCUGCACCUCUGCCUGGCGCUCUUCAUCGCCUACACCGUCUUCCUCACCGGCACCUCCAGCACCGGCAACAGGGUGGUGUGCGGCGUGGUGGCCGGGCUCCUGCACUAUUUCUUCCUGGCCGCCUUCUGCUGGAUGUGCCUGGAGGGCGCCGAGCUCUACCUGCUGGUGGUUCAGGUCUUCACCCCCCACGGCCUCAGGCGCCGCUACAUGUUCCUGUUGGGCUACGGCGUGCCGGCCCUCAUCGUGGGCGUCUCGGCCGCCACCUACAGCAAGGGCUACGGCACGGCGCGCCACUGCUGGCUCUCGCUGGAGAAGCAAUUCAUCUGGAGCUUCCUGGCGCCCGUCUGCAGCAUCAUCGCGGUCAACGCCGUGAUCUUCGUGGUCACCGUCUGGAAGCUGUCGCUGAAAUUCGCUGACAUCAACCCUAACAUGAGCCAGCUGAAGAAGCUCAGGGUGCUCACCAUCACGGCCAUCGCCCAGCUCUGCGUCCUGGGCACCACCUGGAUCUUCGGCCUGUUCCAGUUCAACCAGCGCAGCCUGGUCGUCUCCUACAUCUUCACCAUCCUCAACAGCCUGCAGGGGCUCUUCAUCUUCCUGCUGCACUGUCUGCUCAAGAAACAGGUGAGGGACGAGUACCGCAGGUGGCUGAGCUGCGGCGGCCUCAAGAGACCGGCCAAGUACUCUGACUUCUCCAGCUCCACGGUCAGCACGCGGGGACUGCAGCACCAGCCACCGCCCUUGGCUUCGAUGACGGUACGAUACGGCCGGAGCUGA